AUGCAUACUUCAGACAAGAAGCCAAGGGAAGCAAACAACAUCGGCCACGGAAGGGUGACUAUGCUUGUUCAGAAUGAAGGAGCAUUGCCGCGCCAAUUAUCAUUAGGAUUCAUUAAAGCAACUAGUAAGGCUGAGAUAUACCGUAAUUGCAGAAGUCAGUGA